AUGAUAUUGUUCAACUCUGUAUGGGAGCUUGCAACAUUAGCAAUAGUUAGACUCUCCAUGUGUAAACCGAAGGAGAAGGAUGUCAAGAAUGAAUCUCACGAGGAAGAAAUGGCUAUGAUCCAUAAGCUUCAGAAAUGGAAUGAAGGAGAGGGGGAUAUAUUUACAUCCAUUGUACAACUGCAGUGA